UCCGACCAUGAAGACAGCGGUGUUGCUGGCAGCCACCUGCUUGCUGACGCUGGGUGACAGGUGUCUGGGGGCCAAGAUCCUGGCAGCUGUGCCGACUCCCUCCAUCAGUCACCAGCUGCCACUGAGGACCGUGCUGCUGGAACUGGCCAGACGUGGUCACCAGGUCACCUUCAUCACCACCCACCCCAUUCAGGUUCCCACUGCAAACUACUCUGAAAUAGACAUUUCAUUGAGUAGCAAAGCCUUCAGAGAAAGGAUUGAUUUCAAUGAAUUUCCUGAUCCAACGUCUCCUAUGGCGAUCCUAAAAUUUAUUUUUGAUAUGGCUGAAAUUGGGUGCGACGUUCAGUUUGAUUUGGAGCCAAUGAAAGAAUUUAUGAAAGUGGAGCAAAAGUAUGAUGCAUUCAUCGUAGAGAAACUCGGCAGCUCCUGUUAUUACGGCUUAGCACACAAAAUGGGAUCUCCACCGUUAAUUGGAUACACUUCUCUAGGAGCUACGUCACUUAUUCGGAAAACCUUCGGCGGUCCCAUUAAUCCUUCCUACAUCCCCGACUACAAUCUCGGCUACACGGACCACAUGACCUUCUGGCAGAGACUGUACAACGCUUACACCUUACUGCGGUCGCUGGAUGUUGAAGAGAGAGCUUUUUAUGGAAGACACGAAGAGGAGAUGAGGAAGUAUUCUGGUCCGAACCCACCUACGUUGAGAGCGAUGGAUUACAAUUUCAGCCUCAUGUUGGUCAACAAUCACUUCAGCCUGAGCUACCCUAUGCCAAACACGCCAAAUAUCGUUGAAUUAACUGGAAUCCACAUCCAGAAGGAGAGGAAGCCACUGCCAAAGGAUGUGAGGGCGUUCCUGGACGGCGCCAGGGACGGAGUGGUUUACUUCAGCCUGGGCUCCAACGUGCAGAGCAGCGCCAUGCCUCCAGACACAGUCCGCGCCUUCCUGGACGCUUUCGCUGGAAUCCCGCAGCGCGUGCUCUGGAAAUGGGAAGCUGAUCGCCUGCCCGGUCAGCCUGGCAACGUGAUGACCGCCAAGUGGCUGCCGCAGCAGGACGUGCUGGCUCAUCCGAACGUACGCCUCUUCAUCACUCAGGGAGGACUGCAGAGUUGGAACGAGGCAGCUUAUUUCUCUGUGCCCGUCAUUGGGAUACCUUUCCUAGGAGACCAGAUCUACAAUGUUGAAAAGAUGGUCGGUUUAGGCGUCGGACGAAGGCUGGAUUUAAAAGACGUCACCAAAGUCAGCGUUUUGGAAGCCAUACAGACAGUUCUGGAAGACAAGAGCUACCAGGAGAAAAUGAAGCGCUUCUCAGCCAUCUACCGGGAGCACCAGAGCACGUCCCUGGAGAGGGCGGUGUGGUGGGUGGAGUACGUGAUCCGCCACCAGGGGGCUCCCCACCUGCGCAGCGCAGCCCUCGACCUGCACUGGUGGCAGCUGCUGCUGCUCGACGUCAUAGCCUUCAUACUGGCUGUGGCGGCCGGGGCUGCGUUUGUCAUCUACAGGCUGAGUCGGUGGCUGUUUUCGUGGCUCACUCGACCCAACAAAGUAAAGAAUCAGUGAGACUGUUCAGCCUCAUGUAACUAUCUUGGCAGUCACCAAUGACUGUGCAAAUUAUCUGAAUGUUUAUUUGGUGCAAUGAUGCAAAUGUCGAAAUCGAGGAACCACUGUCCGUAUUUCAUCGGCAACUUACAAUAGUAUAUAAUAGUAUACAAUAUAUAAAUAGUAUAUAAUAGUAUAAUAUAAUAGUUCAUAUGGAACAUGUU